GGAAAGGAUUUUGAUUUCAAAGAAAGGAAGGAAGGAAGGACAACUCCCAGCAACCCCGCCCGCGCCGGCGGCCGGCCGGGCCAUGCCCAGGAAGGCGACGGCGGCCCAGCGGCAGGGACUUUCCUGGCAGCCCGGCGCCGACGAGCGCGCCCCGUGAGUUUGCCGCGCUCGGUUCAUGCUUCCUGCAAGGCCCCCGAGAGGCCGAACGCCACAGCCCCUCCCCGCGCCCCGAAGAGCCUCCCGCGUGCCCUGGCCCUCGGGCCCGCUCCGCGUCUGCCGGGCUCCGGCCGCCGCAGCCCAGCGCCGUCCGCCCACGGCGGUGAAUGGCAUGAUGGUGCGGGGCGGGCGCCGCGGCCCCGGCCAGCUGAGUCGCGAAGGCCGCGGGGGCGGCGGCAGUGGCGGAGGUAGCGGGCUCCCCCUCGGCAUGCCAGUGCCCCCCGGGCGCGAUGGCUAGCGGCAGCGCGGGGAAGCCCACUGGCGAGGCGGCUUCUCCGGCUCCUGGGAGCGCCGUCGGUGGAGCCUGCUCGCAGCCGCGGAGGAGGCUGGUGUCCGUCUGCGACCACUGCAAGGGCAAGAUGCAGCUGGUGGCCGACCUGCUGCUGCUGUCGAGCGAGGCGCGCCCCGUGCUCUUCGAGGGCCCUGCCGCCCCGGGGGCCGCCACCGAGUCCUUCGAGCAGUGUCGGGACACCAUCAUCGCGCGCACCAAGGGGCUCUCCAUCCUCACCCACGACGUGCAGAGCCAGCUCAACAUGGGCCGCUUCGGGGAGGCGGGGGACAGCCUGGUGGAGCUGGGCGACCUGGUGGUGUCGCUGACCGAGUGCUCCGCCCAUGCGGCCUACCUGGCGGCCGUGGCCACGCCGGGGGCGCAGCCCGCGCAGCCCGGCCUGGUGGACCGCUACCGCGUGACGCGCUGCCGCCACGAGGUGGAGCAGGGCUGCGCCGUGCUGCGCGCCACCCCGCUGGCCGACCUGACGCCGCAGCUGCUGCUGGAGGUGUCGCAGGGCCUGUCGCGCAACCUCAAGUUCCUGACGGACGCGUGCGCCCUGGCCAGCGACAAGUCCCGGGACCGCUUUUCGCGCGAACAGUUCAAGCUGGGCGUCAAGUGCAUGAGCACGAGCGCGUCGGCGCUGCUGGCCUGCGUGCGAGAGGUGAAGGCGGCGCCCAGCGAGCUGGCCCGCGGCCGCUGCGCGCUCUUCAGCGGGCCGCUGGUGCAGGCCGUGGGCGCGCUGGUGGGCUUCGCCACCGAGCCGCAGUUCCUGGGUCGCGCGGCCGCCGUGAGCGCCGAGGGCAAGGCGGUGCAGACCGCCAUCCUGGGCGGCGCCAUGAGCGUGGUGUCGGCCUGCGUGCUCCUGACCCAGUGCCUCAGGGAUCUGGCGCAGCACCCCGACGGGGGCGCCAAGGUGUCGGACCACAGGGAGAGGCUGAGGAGCUCGGCCUGCGCCGUGUCUGAAGGCUGCACCCUGCUAUCUCAGGCUUUACGGGAGAGGUCUUCGCCCAGGACUUUACCGCCAGUGAAUUCCAAUUCUGUGAAUUAGCACCCCCCGCCCCUCGGGGCACCCCAGACUAAGGGAAGAUCGCGUUCUCCGCCCCUCUCCGUUUAUGCCAAAGAACCCGUAGGUGACCCCUCCCCUCCCCCCGCCGUGCCAGCCGCCCCGGAGGAAUCUUCCAGAAGGCAGGGCGGCACCUGCAGUGCAGGCCCGGCAGGGGGGUGCCCAGCGCACGGCAGGGAGCGGCGCAGAGGCGGGCCGCCUGCUGGACGCCGCAUCUCCCGGCCCCUCUCCUGGAAUCCCGCCACUAAAUUUUAUCAUCAGCUGGGCAGGAAGGAGGUCAUUGGUUCAUUUCUUUUUUGGUCUUUUUUUUUUUUUUUUUUUUUUUCCUAAUUAAAAGAAAGGUUACCUCAGUUUUCACUCAUUAGACAUGGAUGUAGCUACCUUUUUUUUGUAUGUUGUUAUUUUUUUAAGCAGUGGUGUCGGAUUAGCUUCAUCCUUGGUGUGGAAAGAGUAUGACGUUGCCAUGUGAUUUGCAAGUGGGGGAAAAGCUACUGUGAGUGUGUGUUUUAUUUUUUAAUUUACACUAUAGAGUGAUUCCCCCCCCCACCCCAAUGUCAAAGUUUUUACCUUGCAUGUACUGGAGUAUUUAUUUCAUCUAUUAAAACGUUAUGUUUCUCA